CACCUGUUUUUUCUCUUGUUUUAGCCUCAAGGAAUAGGUUCACCUAGUGUCUACCAUGCUGUUAUAGUGAUUUUCUUGGAGUUUUUUGCUUGGGGACUCUUGACAGCACCCACCCUGGUGGUUUUGCAUGAAACCUUCCCAAAACACACGUUUCUAAUGAAUGGUCUAAUUCAAGGAGUAAAGGGCUUACUAUCGUUUCUCAGUGCCCCACUCAUAGGUGCCCUGUCUGAUGUGUGGGGACGGAAGUCCUUCUUGCUGCUAACAGUGUUUUUCACCUGUGCACCAAUACCACUAAUGAAGAUCAGCCCAUGGUGGUACUUCGCUGUUAUCUCCGUCUCUGGAGUUUUUGCAGUGACCUUUUCUGUGGUUUUUGCAUAUGUAGCAGACAUAACCCAAGAACAUGAAAGAAGCAUGGCCUAUGGUUUGGUUUCGGCAACUUUUGCAGCAAGUUUAGUUACCAGCCCUGCUAUUGGUGCCUACCUUGGUCGAGUCUACGGAGACAGCCUGGUGGUGGUCCUGGCUACAGCAAUAGCCUUGCUGGACAUUUGUUUUAUUCUUGUUGCUGUACCGGAGUCGCUGCCGGAGAAGAUGAGGCCAGCAUCCUGGGGAGCACCCAUUUCGUGGGAACAGGCUGACCCUUUUGCAUCACUGAAGAAAGUUGGCCAGGACUCAAUUGUGCUGCUAAUCUGCAUAACAGUCUUUCUCUCCUACCUCCCGGAGGCAGGUCAAUACUCCAGCUUCUUCCUGUACCUCAGACAGAUAAUGGGGUUUUCAUCUGAAAGUGUUGCAGCGUUUAUAGCAGUCCUUGGGAUUCUUUCCAUUAUUGCACAGACCAUAGUUUUGAGUUUACUUAUGCGGUCCAUUGGAAAUAAAAAUACCAUCCUACUGGGCCUAGGAUUUCAAAUACUACAACUUGCGUGGUAUGGCUUUGGAUCGGAACCAUGGAUGAUGUGGGCAGCUGGUGCUGUUGCAGCCAUGUCCAGUAUCACUUUCCCAGCUGUAAGCGCGCUUGUUUCACGCACUGCUGAUGCUGACCAACAGGGUGUUGUUCAAGGGAUGAUAACAGGAAUUCGAGGACUGUGUAAUGGUUUGGGCCCAGCACUUUACGGUUUUAUAUUUUAUAUAUUUCACGUUGAACUGAAUGAACUCCCCAUGCCUGAAUCGCCCUCCGGAGGCAGCAUGGUCACACAAUACCAUUUACAACAGAAUUCUAUAAUUCCUGGACCCCCAUUCUUAUUUGGCGCAUGCUCGGUGCUGUUGGCACUACUUGUUGCCUUGUUUAUUCCUGAGCACACCAACCUAAAUGUACGAUCCAGCAACUGGAAGAAACACUGUGGCAGCCACGGCCAUCCCCACAGUCCACAAGCUCCAGGUGAAGCUAAAGAACCAUUAUUGCAAGAUACAAAUGUAUGACAAAAAUCCAGGAAGAGCUUUU